AUGACACGAACUUCAUCAAAAAAACUAAAUAUGACAAAAAUGGAAUUGAAAAAAUUAAAAUCCAUUUUACCAACAUUAAAACAAAAGCCAACAUCAACACCAAUGGAAAUUGUUCUAGAAACAAUACGUUAUAUUCGACAAUUAGAAGAUCAAUUAAUUGAUCGAUUUCAAAUGGAUAUAUCUAAUUCAACUUCUCAAUCAUCAUUAUUUGAUUUAUCAACAUUAUCUACAGAUUCUUCAUCAUUAUCAACAUCAGUUCCAUUACAAGAUAUUGGAAAUAGUAACUAA